GAUCCAGUAUCUCAUGUGACCGGCACAGAGCCGAUCAUGUGACUAAAAUCACAGUGAGACCGGAUUUGUUAGUCCACCUUCCUUCGCCUGUGUUAGAAGGUGAAGUCUGUACUGCUGCCGGUGUUUGCGACAAUGAGGCUGCUGAGAGAAACUCUGGGUGUCCUCUUACUGUGGGCCUGUCUGCACUCCGCCGCCUUCGGGGGCUGCUCGUCGUUUUUCUGCCGAAAAUCUCCCCGCGUCAGCGGCCUGAACGGAGUCGACCCCGGUGCCCCUCUCUUUCUCACUCCUUAUCUGGAGAAGGGCGCUAUAGAUGAAGCCAGGAAACUGAGUCUGGUGGGAGACCUGCCAGGAGGCAAUAAGUCAGUCAAGAGUUAUGCUGGAUACCUCACAGUCAACAAAAAAUACAACAGCAACCUCUUCUUUUGGUUCUUCCCUGCUUCCAUGGCAAACCAGGAGAAAGCUCCAGUCCUGCUCUGGCUGCAAGGUGGGCCUGGUGGCACGUCCAUGUUCGGUCUCUUUGUGGAACAUGGGCCGUAUGUGGUGUACAAGAACAUGACGGUCGGUCCGAGGGAUUAUGCCUGGACAGCCAGAUAUUCAGUUUUGUACAUUGAUAAUCCAGUUGGAACAGGUUUCAGCUUCACUGAAGAUGACAGAGGUUUCGCUCAGGACCAGGAUGAUGUUGGCAGAGAUUUGUACAAUGCUUUGACACAGUUCUUCCAGAUCUUUCCUGAAUAUCAGUCCAAUGAGUUCUACGCAACUGGAGAGUCAUAUGCAGGGAAGUAUGUUCCUGCCGUUUCUUACUACAUUCAUAAAAACAACCCUACUGCCAAGGUGAAAAUCAACUUCAAGGGGAUGGCUAUUGGCGAUGGACUCUGUGAUCCAGAGCUGAUGCUGGGUGGCUACGGUGAGUUCCUGUACCAAACGGGAAUGAUAGAUGAACUCCAAAAGCAAUACGUCGACCAGCAGACAGACCUUGGAGUUAAGCUCAUCCAGCAGGAGAAGUGGGUGGAGGCUUUUGAGGUCUUUGAUCGUUUGCUGAAUGGCGAUGUAGAUCCUUAUCCCUCCUUCUUCCAAAAUGCAACAGGUUGUACCAACUACUUCAACUACUUGAUAUGUCAGGAGCCUGAGGAUCAGGACUACUUCUCCCAGUUUGUGACCCUGCCUGAAGUGCGACGUGCCAUCCACGUGGGCAACCUGACGUUCCACGAUGGCUCUGAGGUGGAGAAGCACCUCUUGCAGGAUGUCAUGAAGACCAUCAAACCAUGGCUGGGGGUGCUGAUGGACAACUACAGGGUCUUGAUGUAUAGUGGUCAGCUAGAUGUGAUUGUGGCUGCUCCACUGACUGAGAGGUUCCUGCCCACUGUGAACUGGACCGGGGCUGCCGAGUACAAAAAAGCCCCUCGCUUCCACUGGAAGGUUCAGCCCACUGACACGGAGGUGGCGGGUUAUGUUCGGCAAGUUGGAGAGUUUUAUCAGGUCAUCAUACGAGGAGGAGGACACAUUCUGCCUUACGACCAACCGCAGAGGUCCUUUGACAUGAUUGACAGAUUCUUGUCAACUCAGGGCUGGAAAUGAAAAGCACGGGUGGAGAAGUGCAACUGUUCAAGCACCUUCACUUUAGAGAGCACAUCGAGCACAGAGCGUUGAUUUAAGACUGAUUGUCACAGCUAACUUAAAUCAAGUUUUUGUUUUCAACAUUUUUUGCAGAACUUUUUAAAAACCAGAGGAUACAUUUCUUCUAAGCGUGUGCUCUCUGAUGCACACUCUUAGCUUGGAUGCGAUAUCUGGAUUGUUGCAAACAGAAAUGGUAAAACUGAUAAAUCAGGUUAACAUCUUAAAUUUUAGGGGUUCAUGUUUGUUUUUUCUCGGGUCAGUAUGAGUUAAUGAAUGUUGUGUGAAAUCAGUGCACGCUUCGGAGACAAAAUUCAAUGCAGCCAAAACACAUUUCACUCAUAUCAAGAUUUCUUUUAAACUUUUAAAAGAACUUUUAAAACUUUUCAUACAAGUUUUAAAUGAUUUCAUGUAUUGAAGCAAAAGGUUCUAAGCAGUUCUUUGUACCUUCCUGUGGCACUUACACUAAGAUAAAAGGUUAUUAUAUGCAAAGUGAUUGAAUAAAGCUUGGAGGUGUUUCUGGUCCAACUGCUACCAGUUAUGAAUGCAUGCUUUGUUUUCAGUCACUAAAGGUGGAAUUAUUUUUUUCUAACACAAGUUUGAUUUGUAUUAAAGAACCCUUUUCUUCAAUAUAUCCAAUUCUUUUUAAAGUUUGUGUUUUGUGUUUGAAUGUCUGUCACAGUCAGAAGGGACUGUAAAGCCUUAAGUGUUGAAAUUACUUGAAAUAAAGAUGUUUCUUCUUUUUAAAACAUCA